AUGGUUCCAUUAAAUCAACAAAAUCAAGGUUUCUACAGUACAUUAUUUCUUGUCCCCAAGAAAAAUGGGGAGUUAAGACCUGUUAUAAAUCUGAGACCUCUGAACAGGUAUCUGGUCAAGAAACAUUUCAAAAUGGACACACGAUUGGGCAUUUUCAAUAGAUCUCAGCGACGCAUACAUGCAUAUCCCAAUUUUCCCAAAACAUCGCAAGUAUCUAAGGUUUGCAUUUCAAGGGAAAUGCUAUCAGUGGAAAGUAAUGUGUUUGUAGCACCAAGAGUGUUUACGAAAAUUGUGUCAGUAGUUGCAGCUCACUUAAGAACACAAAACAUACGUCUAGCAGUAUACCUAGACGACUGGUUAUGUUUAAAUCAAAUACAUCAGCAUUUACUCAAAGAUCAGUAUGUUUGCCUCAAUCUCCUCAUAAAACUAGGAUUUUUGGUGAAUCUAGAAAAGUCAAAUUUGACACCUCAACAGAUAAUAACAUACAUUGGGGCAGUAUUCAAUCUGAAAUUGGGUCUUAUUCUUCCAACAGAAGAGAGGUUUUUGAAAAUUCAGAAUGCCAUCUUGGACUUAGUCAAUGGCAAGAACAAAGCUCAAAAUUUCCUUCAUUUAUUAGGUCUCAUGGCUUCUUGCUUGGAACUUAUUCCAAAUGCUCGACUUUUCAUGAGACCUAUUCAAUUACAUCUGCUCAGUUUUUGGAAACCUUCAAGUUAUUCAUUGGACAUGAUCAUUCCAUUUACUCAACAUCUUCAAUCACAUCUAAGAUGGUGGUUAAAUCCAGCCAACAUUUUUAAGGGUCGCUCAUAA